AUGGAGUAUGGGUUGGAGCUCCGCGCACCGUUCGGGACGAGCCACUCGAGCACCUCGCGCCGUGAGAACGCGCUCAUAGAGGUGUGGGUGGAGGUGCCGCAGCAAGACGGCAGCAGCGCUGUGACCGUUGGCGUGGGCGAAGUGGGCCUCCCGCCCAAGAAGCCCGCUGCCGGCUACCUCUCGGAUUUUGCCGACGUCGAGGGCUACCCUUUCAAAGUUGCAGCCAGCGCGGGUCACUUCUCAGCCCUGCGAGGUAUCACAUCGUUCAUUCAGGGCGGAGAGAACCCUGAUGAGUUUGCUCGGCUCGUGCGGACGCUCUUGCGCGCUUUGGACGAGGAGCCCGCCAACGUCGAUCCCGCCUCCCGCUUCGCUCGCAGUGGCAUCGAGGCUGCCGUGUUGGAUUUGUUCUGCGUUCACUCCCGCAUUCCGCUGCAUCAGCUCAUUGGCAUCGAUGUCAGCAAGGAGAUCACAGAACAGGGUGUGCCUCUCGGCAGCUCUUUCUACACCAUCGCGCUCAAUCCCGACGUGCAGUUCAUGUUGCAGCAGGCCCGGAGCUCGCUGAGCUUCACGCCUUAUCUCAAGAUCAAGCUGGAUUCAAACAUUGAGCAAGGCACCGAGCCUCUUUGCACGUACCGCGUACUGCUGGCGAUUCUGAACGGUAUCAAGAAAAUCAUCGAAGAGGAGUUCACCGAGUACCCCACGUGGAAGCUUUGCAUUGAUGCGAAUGGAGCGUGGAAUCCAGAGGGGUGCAUUGAAAUGCUCAAGGUUCUGAAGCCACUGAGCGAUCACAUCUACAUGCUGGAGCAGCCAUUCCCCACCACGCUGCUCAAGGAGCCCAGCGAAGCCGGCACCCAGGCAUGGAAAGUAGUCAAGGCGGCCUAUGAGAACGCCGGCAUUCCCAUCUUCGCGGACGAGUCCAUGUCCACUGCCGCGGACCUCCCUCUUCUUCUGGACUUUGUGCACGGAGUGAAUGUCAAGCUGGAGAAGGCCGGCGGGGUGCGAGCCGCUCUCGAGGCGCUCCUGCAGGCCCAGAAGUUCAACCUCAAGUUGUGGAUCGGAAUCAUGGUCGGCUCCCGGGUCAAUUGUGGAACCGGUGCGCACCUGCUGCCCCUGGCCACCCACGGUGACCUUGACGGCUCCCUGCUCACCACUGAGGACUCGCAAGUCCACGAAGGCGGCUUCGUCUGGGGUGAGGGCCAGUACCGUGGCACAGUGUUCCUGCCCACUGGCCUCCACGGCAUCGGGGUCCGGCCCAAGCCCGCCAGCGCCCACUAA